AUCCCCUGGAAUUUGGAGAGCACUAAGACUUAGUAGCAACACUACUGAGCCACAUUCGUUGCACUUUAAACACGAUCUGAUUAAUAGUGAUGAGAACAUCCACACCUUUUUAAACUAAGUCAGGAAGGAGGAAGGUAUAGUUCUCACAAAUACACAUGUAGCCUACUGUACUUUUAUCUCUUACGUUCUGUAACACUCGCCGUUGACGGUCAUCACCUGGGCACAGGUAAAACCCAAUGUCCAUGUAAGGAUAAUCGGGCCCUGCACUUUUUCGGGAUAUUCUGCACGUUUGCAGUAUUUCAGUGCGUUGGAAUGAGUUUUAUCACUGGUUGGAGACGCAGCGUGAAGAAAAAUGACAAAGGGGACACCAUGCAGGCUGAAGAAAUCUCAGCCGACCCCAAUGGCUCCCCAACACUGUUGUCCGUCAUAAACAGUCCAGAACUUGACUCCAUCCACACAGAUUUCAAGUUACAGUUACCAGACAACAAAGAUUCACUCAACUCUACAGAACCAUUGAACACGUCCCAGAAGUCAGACCUGUCUGUGGCCCUGGAGGACUGCAUGGCAGCGCUGGACCUGUUCCUGAGGAAUGACUUUGAGGAGGCCCUGUCCAGGCUUCGCUGCAGAAUCAAAGACAGCAUGUACCAUGCGCUCACAUACGCCACCAUACUGGAGAUGCAGGCCAUGAUGACCUUUGACCCGGAGCACAUCCUGGCAGCGGGCAACACCAUGAAGGAAGCUCAGGCAGUGUGUCAGCGGUUCCGCAAGAAGUCAACCUUUAGCAACAGAAACUUCACAGAAGAGGAACUCCAUGCUGAAGUGUGCUAUGCAGAAUGUCUCCUGCAGAGGGCAGCACUCACCUUCCUUCAGGAUGAAAGCAUGAUCAGUUUCAUCAAGGGAGGAAUCAAAGUGAGGAAUAGCUACCAGACAUAUAAAGAGCUUCAUACGGUCCUCCAGUCCUCUACCUACGUCCAUGGUGACAAUCAUGGGCAUUUUGAAGGUGGGGUCAAGCUUGGAGUGGGAGCCUUCAACCUGAUGAUCUCCAUGCUGCCCACACGGACCCUCAGGUUGCUGGAGUUUGUGGGUUUCUCAGGAAAUAAGGAGUUUGGCUUGCAGCAGCUGACGGAGGGCUCAGCAGGGCAGACUUUCAGGUCCUUCCUGUGUAACAUGCUGCUGCUCUGCUACCACACCUUCAUGAGCUUCAUCUUGGGCACUGGGGAGGGGGAUGUGGAGGAUGCAGAGAAACUCCUUCAGCCCUAUCUCAAACAGUAUCCUAAGGGAUCUAUCUUCUUGUUCUUCGCUGGUCGAAUAGAGGUUAUCAAAGGAAACCUGGAUGCUGCUAUAGAGCGCUUUGAGGAGUGCUGUGAAGCUCAGCAACAGUGGAAGCAGUUCCAUCACAUGUGCUACUGGGAGCUGAUGUGGUGUUUCACAUACAAAAGGCAUUGGAAGAUGGCCUACUUCUAUGCUGAUCUGCUCAGCAAAGAGAAUACAUGGUCCAAGGCAACGUAUGCCUAUAUGAAAGGUGCCUACCUCAGCAUGCUGACCAGGGAGGAAUGCCAACCAUUCGGGGAGAGCGAGGUAGCGCUGUUCAGGCAGGUACAUGGGCUUAAGCAGAAAAUUGCUGGAAAGUCUUUGCCAACUGAGAAGUUUGCCAUCCGAAAAGCCCGUCGCUACCUGACUGAGAACCCAAUAACGCUACCUGCACCUCCUCUGGAGAUGAUGUACAUCUGGAACGGCUACACAGUCAUCGGUAAACACAAAGACCUCACGGAGGGCAUGCUGAAAACACUGGACGAGGCACAGGCAAAACUUGACAAUAGCCCAAGGACAGAGUUCUCCAUAGACGACCAGUGUUUGGUGAGCCUGCUUAGAGGUCUCUGUCUGAAGCACCUGGGACACCAGGAGGAGGCUGAGGCCUACUUCACCCUAGUCCUUUGCAAUGAAACACAGAUCAAGUUCGAUCACUACUUGGUUCCCAAUGCACUGCUGGAGCACGGGCUGCUGUGUCUGGAGCAAGGGAGGAAGGAGGAGGGAAUCAAACUACUGGAGACAGCCAAGCAAAAUUACAAAAACUACUCCAUGGAAUCACGGACACAUUUCCGAAUCCAGGCUGCUUUGCACAAGGCCAAGGCCACAGGAGAGAAUGGGAUUCACACCAUGCCCUCCAGCCCAUAGCUGGUGUGGGCAAAACAGGGCCAAAGUCCAGCCAUCCCACAGUGCACAGACCAAUGCCGCAGGGAUGAGGCAGAGUACCAAACCACCCACUACCAGCAACAAGCAUAUGACUGGCCAGCCACCGAGCUCUCAGAAAGAACCGCAACACUACACAAGCAUAAUGUACACUGAACGGUCAAAAGCAUACAGAAAAUAGUAUUUACUCAGACAAAGAAAAUAUACGCAAUAUA